UUUCGGCACGAGGAAAUUGGUGUCGGAAAUAAACACAUUAGCUUUCUGUUGCAGUCUGAACGAAAAAUCGCUAAGUUGUACAUGAAAAUGUCCAGAGGUGCGUUUCUGCUCGCCGUCGCCUGUUUAAUGAGUCCCACGGGGGAAGGGCUGGACAAUGGCCUGGCGCUAAAACCCACUAUGGGCUGGCUGCACUGGGAAAGGUUUAUGUGUAAUACCGACUGUGACACACAACCCGACAACUGCAUCAGCGAGCGGCUUUACAUGCAGAUGGCAGACGUAAUGGUGAAGGAGGGCUGGAAAGACGCUGGUUACGAAUACGUCUGCAUCGAUGAUUGUUGGCCCUCCCGCCAGCGUGAUGCUCAGGGCCGCCUGCAGGCAGAUCCCAAAAGAUUCCCGGGAGGCAUUAAGAAGCUGGCCGACUAUGUCCACUCUAAAGGUCUGAAACUGGGUAUUUAUGCAGAUGUGGGAAAAAAUACCUGUGCUGGGUACCCUGGCAGCCUGGGUCACUAUGAGACUGAUGCUCAGACCUUUGCUGACUGGGGUGUGGAUCUACUUAAAUUUGACGGCUGCUUUAUGGACUGGAAGUUGCUUGGAGACGGAUACACAAACAUGUCAAAAGCUCUGAACAAAACUGGAAGAAGCAUCCUGUACUCCUGUGAAUGGCCUUUGUACGAGUGGCCUUUCCAGAAGCCAAACUACACAGCUAUUCGUGAAACCUGCAAUCACUGGCGCAACUUUGAUGACGUGUUCGACUCAUGGAGCUCCAUCAAGUCCAUCUUGGAUUGGACUGCUUCUCAUCAGGACACAAUCGUUCCCUCAGCCGGACCUGGGGGCUGGAAUGACCCUGAUAUGCUUGUAAUUGGGAACUUUGGCCUGAGUCACGCCCAGCAGGAGUCUCAGAUGGCCUUAUGGGCCAUAAUGGCAGCACCGCUGCUCAUGUCUAAUGACCUGCGGGACAUUUGUCCUCGAUCCAAGAAGUUGCUGCAGAACAAGCUCAUCAUCGACAUCAGCCAGGACCCGCUGGGCAAGCAGGGACACCUCUCUGCCAAGUUGGACAGUUUUGAGGUGUGGGAGAGGCCUCUGUCUAAGAGGCGCCUGGCUGUCGCCGUGCUCAACAAGCAGGAGAUCGGUGGGCCACGAAUUUUUUCUAUCAGAUUUGUCCCUGGCUGGAAGAUCUGCGACCCACAGUGUAACGUCACCCAGAUCUUGCCUCAGUACAAGGAAAUGGGUGUUCAGACUCUGCAGAGCAAAGUUCUCCUGUACAUCGACCCCUCAGGCACCGCCCUGCUGACUGUGACUCCUCUAAGCAGCCCCCUGAAGAACCCCCACAAGCUUUACUGGAAGCAUGCCGUUUAGUCCCGUAUCUACACUUCUGUAAACUGAAAUUCUUAUGAUUAAAAAUAGGGCUUUUUUGCAGGGCCUGCUCUAAUACGGUGAUGUUUAUUGUACAUUUAUCAGAUUUUCAAACCUUUCAUGAAACUCAUGAGCUUUCUCACUGUCUGAAGGAUUACCUGUCAAAUACAGUUCUGACCAACAUAUUUAAUAAAAAUGGCUUUUAAGAAAAGCGACAACGAAACAUAUUUUGACACAUUUAUUGAAAAUAGUGACAGCUUCA